AUGGGUAAAAUGGGUUUCACUAGUUUUGGCAGUAAGGCAAGGCCUUAUGUGUUAACAGUGGCAGUUCAAUUUGGGUUUGCAGGAACAUCCAUAAUCUCCAUGGCCAGUUUCAAUAUGGGAAUGAGUCGUUUUGUGUUCAUUGUUUAUCGUAAUAUCAUUGCUGCAAUUGCCCUUGCUCCUUUUGCAUGCUUUUUUGAAAGGAAACUUAGGCCAAAGAUGACUAUCUCUAUCUUUUGGCACAUAAUGGCGCUUGCAUUUUUGGAGGCAGUGAUUGAUCAAGGAUUCACAUAUUUGGGAUUGCAAUAUACAUCAGCUUCAUUUACAUCGAUUUUGUUGAAUACUGUGCCUUCCAUUACCUUUUUCUUAGCGUUAAUUUUCAGGAUUGAACGAGUAAAUAUUAAGCAGAUACGAAGCAUAGCAAAGGUGAUUGGGACAUUAGUAACAUUUGCAGGUGCAUUAUUGAUGACAAUUUACAAAGGACCACAAAUCCACCUUUUUUAUUCUCCAAAAACAUCUCAUCAUCAUGCUGGAAGUCACGACACUCAAACUCAUACACAUUGGAUCUCAGGAACACUCUUUAUAUUAUUGGGUUGUUUCGCUUGGUCGUCUUUUUUUAUAUUACAGUCGAUAACGUUGAAAAAGUAUUCGGCUGAAAUGUCACUGUCUACCUUAAUUUGCUUAGUUGGUGCUUUCCAAAGUAGCGCGGUGGCGUUGGUGGUGGAGCGUCACUCAGGUGCGGGAGUUUGGGCUCUUGGUUGGGACUUUAGACUCUAUGGCCCUCUCUACACGGGAAUAAUUACCUCAGGAUUAACAUAUUAUGUGCAAGGGUUGGUAUUGCAAAGCAAAGGUCCGGUAUUUUUCACAGCAUUUAAUCCUCUUUGUAUGAUCCUCACUUGUGCUUUGGGCUCCUUUCUUUUUGCAGAACAACUCCACUUGGGCAGUAUCAUUGGAGCAGUGAUUAUUGCGAUGGGUCUUUAUUCAGUGGUAUGGGGUAAAGCCAAAGAUUAUUCAUCAGCCACUACUACUAUGCCACUAUCCUCAGUUACAAUGAAGCAAAGUGAGACUCAACAACUUCCAAUUACUUCAUCUGAUCAUAACUAA